GAAAGUUAAUGGUCCUCAACAUAAUAACACAUUUAAGUUUUCCGUUGUCUACUUCCGUCUUAUUUUAAGUGGGCCGAAUUUUUUUUUGUGUCAAAUUCACCUAAAGACAUUAGAAACAAAAUUCAUGUUCGAAUGUAUUCGACCAGUUACCGGGUUCAGGUCAGGCAGACAGGUACCUCAAAUCAGAAAAGUGAUUCCCAGUUUACGGACGAGGUAAUCCGCAGUCACAAUGAGUACAGAAAGAAACAUAGCGUGCAGCCUCUGACGCAUGCGUCCGAUUUAUCUACACAAGCUCAAAGAUGGGCAGAGGUUCUGGCUCAAACGAACACCUUCAAACACAGCAAUGCCUCAUUAAAAGGGGAAAGGCUGGGGGAAAAUAUAGCCAUGAAAUGGUCCUCUAAUCCACAGGAUUCAUACCCUGGUCAAGAGGUAACAGACCAAUGGUACAGUGAAAUAAAAUUCUUUAACUUCGGCACUGAGCCCAGGAACCUUUCAGCAGGACAUUUUACACAAGUUAUCUGGAGAGGAAGCAGGGAAAUUGGAGUCGGAAGAGCAUGUUCGAAAGAUGGGAAAAUUAUUGUCGUCGCGAACUACAGACCUGCUGGUAACGUUGUCGGAAGGUUUACAGACAACGUCCCAGCCCCAGUCACAGGUGUUCAGAGAAGACCAUAUGGACUGACAGGUAGUAGAAUAUGCAAUAUAAAAUAUAUAUUGGAUUGUUAGGUUACCCGGCAAUUUGAACAGUUGAACGCAAAUGUAAACAGAUGUGUGCAUAUUAAACGGAAAUAAUGUGACAAGUUUUAUCAUUUGUGUGUUUCCAAG